AUGGGUGAUGAAUAUGUUGCGUACAAAACACCUAAAACGAUAGUUGCAGAAACUGCCUACCAUUUUAUUCAGGGAGGAAUUUACGGGGCUGCAUUUGGACUUGUGACUCCAUUUCAUCCGCCAGGGUCAAGAGCAGCCCUCGAAGAAGCAGCAACCGGAGUCUUCAAGCCUGCCGCUCCAUUCAGUUCCAUAAUAUCAGUUCCGCAUAAUGCACUGAUAUUUGGAUCACUGCUUGGUGUGCAACGGUUAGGAUGUAAGACUGCCGAAUACGUCCGAAGCAGACAAGAUCUCUGGAAUGAUGUCUUUGGAUAUGGAAUCGCAUUUCCGUACUACCAAUUCUUCCUCGUCAAGCAUGUCACCAACCACAAUAGAGUUUUAGGUGGUGGAGUCAUAUUGGCGGCGGUAUAUGCUAGUCUGAUAGAAUGA